AUGGGCAGAAAGAUGGUAGUCAGGCUCAGGCUGGGGCUGCUGCUUCUGGCACUGCUCCUACCCAUGAAGAGUACCUCAGCUGCCCCAAAUCCAGCUAAUGCCACCACUAAGGUGGCUGGAGGUGCCCCACAGUCCAGAGCCAGUCUCCUUGCCAUCUCCCUCUCUCUCCUACAUCUCUACUGUAAAGAGACUCGGGACAAGAAACGUAUACCUUCCCCAUCUUUGAAUCCAAUCCAAGUGGCAUCUAGGAGUCCGGUGUGGCAAGGGAAAAGCAGGUCUUCAUCAAACCUACUAAUUCUACACCUUAUUUUAUUAACGCAGAAAAUGUUGGGAAUCCCAAAUGUGAUCAGUUGGAAGAAUAAGUGA